CACAAAGACAAGAAAGGAGCGUGUCAAGACAAAGAGUAAAAAAAGAAGACAAUUAAAGUGGAGCCCCAAAGGAGAGAAAGGGCCUUUCUCUUUUUCUAUUGUUUGAAGCUUAACAACCUUGAAUUGAAUUGAAUUGAAUGGUGGCUCCUUCUCUUCUUCUCUUAUUUGUAUAAAGAAAUCUUCACCGAUCAUCACCGCUAUCACCAAAGAAAAGAAGAUAGCGAAACAAAUAAUUCCCCUUUGAAUGUCUUUGUUGCAGCUUGUAAAGAAGAAAACAACAAAAUCUACACUACUUGCUCACCUGAUCAUCAAAGUGAAAAAGAGUAGUCAGUGCCAAUGCUGCUUAGAAAUUCCAUUUCCAACACCAAAAAGUUCUUUCAAAAAACCUUACAAAGUUUCAGGUCUUUAUUCUCUGGUGGUGGUGGUAGUGUGGAUUACCAAAAGCUACCCAAAGCCUCUCCUUACAAUCCCUCUUCUUUCAGUACUACUGCCGGCCUUGACAUGAAUGGCCCAACCAGUUACCAGCAAGACCUUGAAAAGUUCUACACUGACUUCACUGACCGAUGGGAAUCGGAUAAAGGCAAGGAAAAGAAGAGAAACAAGAAGAAGAUAGUGUCAACUCCAACAGAACAACCAAAAGAAGGGGACAAAGGAGGUUUCACGCAGUUUACAAGGACGAGUCCGACGAAGAAGAAUACAACACAAACAAGAGAGGAUAAUGAUGAUCAGUCGACCACAACGAGGAGUGCCAAGGUGGAGAAAAGGCUAGAAGAUACAUAUAUGAAGAGUAAGAGAGAAGCAAGGAGUUUGUCAGUGGCACAAAAGCUGAAAGGGCUAGAGAUGAUGGAUAGGAGCAAUAUGGAUCAUGUUCUAGACAUUGAAGAGGUUCUUCAUUACUAUUCUCGCCUGACAUGCCCUGCCUACCUGGACAUUGUGGACAAGUUUUUCAUGGACAUAUGCACAGAAUUCUCGGGACCGGCUGCUUCUCCGAAAAGUGUCAAUUCAAGAUCAAAAUUUCGAUCAUUAUUGGACAAAUUUAAGACGCCCAACUUGGACUUGAACAACUUGAAAUUAGGCAAAGGGUGUGCUGCAUUAAAAAUUCUGGAGUCGCUUGCUAUGCUGGAAAGUGUCGAUUCACGGCCUAUUUUAUUCUCCAAUCAGCCUGGUUGAACAAUAUCAAAGAUUCUCUAGAAGCCCAAAAGAAAAGCAAUUGGAGGUCUUAUUGGAUCCUUUCACAUAAAUGGCCCCAUCCAUAUAUUCUUCGACGGAUUGAAAGUGUAAACUGGAAGGGAAAGAACUGUCUCUCCAUAUCCUGUGGGCUUUU